AUGAAGUCCUUCACUCUGCUCACAGCCUCGGCGCUGUUGGGCGCUGCCUCUGCGGAGGUGCACAAGCUCAAGCUGAACAAGGUCCCCUUGGACGAGCAGCUGAACGCAGCCAACAUCGACAGACAUGUCCAGUCCCUUGGUCAGAAGUAUAUGGGUUACCGUCCUACCUCUAGCUACCAGGAUAGCUCCAUCAAGCCCGAGGGUGGCCACAACGUCCUGGUCGACAACUUCCUGAACGCUCAAUAUUUCUCCGAGAUUAGCCUGGGUACGCCUCCCCAGACAUUCAAGGUUGUCCUGGAUACUGGUAGCUCCAACCUGUGGGUACCCUCGUCGCAGUGCACCUCGAUUGCCUGCUUCCUCCACAGCAAGUACGACUCGUCCUCGUCGAGCACGUACAAGAAGAACGGAACCGAGUUCGCUAUCCGCUAUGGAUCCGGUAGCCUAAGUGGUUUCGUGUCCCAAGACACCCUGAAGAUCGGCGACCUGGAUAUCAAGCACCAGGAUUUCGCCGAGGCCACCCAGGAACCUGGUCUCGCCUUUGCCUUUGGCCGCUUUGACGGCAUUCUGGGUCUUGGCUUCGACACCAUCUCUGUUAACAAGAUGGUGCCGCCUUUCUACAACGCCCUGGACCAGGGUCUGCUGGAUGAGCCUGUGUUUGCCUUCUACCUUGGUGACACCAACAAGGAGGGAGAUGACUCGGUGGCCACCUUUGGUGGUGUCGACAAGAGCCACUACACCGGCGAGAUGAUCAACAUCCCCCUUCGCCGCAAGGCUUACUGGGAGGUUGACUUUGAUGCCAUUACCCUCGGCCACAACACCGCCGAGCUGGAGGACACUGGUGUCAUUCUGGACACCGGUACCUCGCUCAUUGCUCUGCCCUCCACCAUGGCUGAGCUCCUGAACAAGGAGAUUGGCGCCAAGAAGGGCUUCACGGGCCAGUACACCGUCGAGUGCGACAAGCGUGACAGUCUGCCCGACCUCACCUUCACCCUGGCCGGCCACAACUUCACCAUCGGCCCCUAUGAUUACAUCCUCGAGGUGCAGGGAUCCUGCAUCAGCAGCUUCAUGGGCAUGGACUUCCCCGAGCCCGUCGGUCCUCUGGCCAUUUUGGGUGAUGCGUUCCUGCGCCGGUGGUACAGCGUGUACGACCACGGCAAGGGCUCCGUGGGCCUGGCCAAGGCCAAGUCCUCGUAA